AUGGACUCAUCGGCGACAACAGGAAGGUCAGGCAUAGGCACCGGCCAAGGAUCGCCAGCAGCCUCAGGACAACCCAUCUCCAAAGCCGGCCAGGCCAUCCCGAAUCUACGAGACCGUAUCCCCAAGCUAGAGCCCAGGCGACGGAAGCAGGAACCAUCGAACCCGACUCCGGUUCCAGAAACCCCCGCCCUACCUCCGCGCCCCGACCCAUCCACUCUGGUGUUCCAGACGCCCGUCCGGCGGAUUCUUCUCCGAAAAGACCACGAGCUCUUCCUGGCCUCUCCCUCUUUCAAUCUCAUCCUCUCUUUCGUCUUCUCCCUCUCUGAAUCCGUAGCCGACACGCCCAUCUCGGCUAUCAAGGACUCUGACCUGAGCGAGCCCGUGAAGGCCAUCCUUCGCAUCCUUGACGAGACCGAAGCGUUGUGCAAAGAGUCGCCACCAAACGACCAAGGCGGCUCCCGCUUCGGCAACAAGACCUUCCGUCUCUUUCUCGACAAGGUCAAGCAGCGCGGACAUCAAUGGCACGCCGCCUUUCUGGGAGGCAAACUUCCCGACGCUGCCGUCACUGAGGCCUCAGCCUACCUCAACCAGUCCUUCGGCAACCGCACGCGCAUCGACUACGGCUCGGGUCACGAGCUUAACUUCAUCAUGUGGCUGCUGUGCCUGUACCAGCUCUCGGUCCUCGAACAAUCCGACUUCAAAGCCGUCGUGCUCCGCAUCUUCGCCCGCUACCUAGAAGUUAUGCGCCUGAUUCAGAUGACGUACUAUCUCGAGCCAGCAGGCUCGCACGGCGUGUGGGGGCUGGACGAUUACCAGUUCUUGCCAUUUCUGUUUGGUGCCAGCCAGCUGUUGCAUCACCACUUUAUCACGCCACGGGCGAUCCAUCAGGAGCUGACGCUGGAGGAGUUCGGGCAUGACUUUUUGUACCUGGGCCAGGUGGCGUUCGUCAAUAGCACCAAGACGGUGAAAGGUUUAGGGUGGUAUAGUCCGAUGCUGGAUGAUAUCAGUAACGCCAAGAAUUGGGAGAAAAUUGAGGGCGGGAUGAGGAGGAUGUUUGUGUCGGAGGUGCUGAAGAAGUUACCGGUUAUGCAGCAUUUCUUGUUCGGAUCGCUAAUUCCUGCCGCGGAGGGUAUGAGCGAACAAGAUCCCAAUGCCUUGGGUAGCGAGGAAAAUGAAGAGGAGGGUGGCGAGGUGGAGGUGUACGACGAUAGUGAUGGCAAGAGGCAUGUUCAUCAGCCGACUGGCUGGGGCGAUUGCUGCGGUAUCAAGGUACCGAGUAGUCUGGCGGCGGCGGAGGAAAUGCGGAAGAGGGGACAGGUGGAGAGUUUGAGAAGAAUACCUUUUGACUGAGGUCGAUGUUAUAUCUUAGUGUAAUGUUGAUCUUGUUCCUGUCUU